CCUCCGCUCUUGAAGAAGAGUGUGUCAUACCGACAACAACCAGUAGUUGUUGCAACGUGGAAAUUUAUUAAUUAUUUGAAAAAAAGUUCUUAUUUAUCUAAAAAAAGAUAAAAUAACAAGUCUUCAAAUAUGGCCAAACGUCAACAGCCUUCGUGGCAGGUACCCGCAGUCGGCGAAAAACAAAAAUUGCGUUUAUUCAACAGUUUGACUAGGCAAAAAGAAGAAUUUGUGCCACUGGAUGGUAACAAUGUAACCUGGUAUAGUUGUGGACCCACGGUCUAUGAUGCCUCACACAUGGGUCAUGCUAGAUCUUAUAUAUCUUUUGAUAUUCUGCGGCGUGUUUUGUCCGAUUAUUUUGGUUAUAAUAUUCUAUAUGUGAUGAAUAUAACCGAUAUAGAUGAUAAAAUCAUAAAACGUGCCAGACAAAAUUAUUUAUUUGAUCGAUAUGCUGAAAAAUCCAAGAGCGCCCCUUUAGCGGAGCUUUUGCAAGAUCAGGCGGAAGUUUUGGCUUUAUUUCAGGAAACUUGUGCUAAAAAUACUGAUGCCGAUAAGAAAAUAAUGUUGGAUAAAUUAUUUGUGCGCAUGAAUGAUGCUGUAGAAGCUUUAACGAAAGCAGUGGCUGGUGGUAAAACCGAAGAUAUUGCUAAGGCACGUGAUGUGUAUUUGCAAGAGGCCAAAGAUCCCAUUUCUAAUUGGUUAGAUUCUAAAGAAGGUGCUUCGGUUAACGAUAAUGCUAUAUUUGAGUCUUUGCCUCGCUACUGGGAGGAUCAAUUUCAUAAUGAUAUGAAAUCUUUGAAUAUCUUACCACCCGAUGUUUUGACUCGUGUUUCAGAGUAUGUGCCCCAAAUUAUAAGCUUUAUCCAGCGUAUUAUUGAUAAUGGCUUAGCCUAUGCUGCCAAUGGUUCGGUUUAUUUUGAUGUCAAUGGCUUCGACAAUAAAGAUAAACACUUUUAUGCAAAAUUAGUGCCCGAAGCUUAUGGUGACACUAAGUCCUUACAAGAGGGUGAGGGCGAUUUGUCGGUGGGUGAAGAACGUUUAACGGAAAAACGUUCACCUAAUGAUUUUGCCUUGUGGAAGGCUAGUAAAGCUGGUGAACCCUGGUGGGAUAGUCCCUGGGGUAAAGGACGUCCUGGCUGGCAUAUAGAAUGCUCUGCCAUGGCCUCCGAUGUAUUUGGUCCCACAUUUGAUAUACAUACCGGUGGUGUAGAUCUUAAAUUUCCCCAUCAUGACAAUGAAUUGGCACAAUCGGAGGCUGCUUUCGAUGAGGCAGAAUGGGUGAAGUAUUUCUUGCAUACAGGACAUUUGACAAUUGCCGGCUGUAAAAUGUCAAAAUCUCUAAAGAAUUUUGUUACCAUACAACAGGCUUUACAAAAGCAUACACCCUGUCAGUUGCGUUUGGCAUUUUUAUUGCAUUCCUGGAAGGAUACUCUAGACUAUUCGGAGAAUACCAUGGAAAUGGCCAUACAAUAUGAAAGAUUCUUAAAUGAAUUCUUCCUUAAUGUUAAAGACUUAACACGUCAUGUCACUUCCGAAGAACCCAGAAGACAAUUUGAUGCUUGGACUCAGGUGGAGGCUACACUGCAAAGAAAAUACAAUGAAAUACAAACUGCCGUACACAAUGCCUUAUGUGAUAAUGUUGAUACUCGUAGUGCUUUAGAUUCUAUCCGAGAUUUAGUAUCUGCCGCCAAUAUUUAUAUACGUGACAAUAAGGGCCGUUUAAAUAGUAUUUUAUUGCGUAAAAUUGCCUCUUACAUUACUGACUUGCUGCACAUAUUUGGUGCUAUUGCUGGUCCUCGUGGUGGUAUUGGUUUUCCUGUUGGUUCGAAUUCUGCUGAUGGUAAUAUUGAUCUUGAAUCUACUGUUUUGCCUUAUGUGGAAGCAGCAGCUGUUUUCCGUAAUCAAGUACGCGAACACGCUAAAACUUUGAAAGCUAAUGAAAUUUUAACUUUAUGCGAUCAAUUGCGUGACGAUGUCUUACCCCAAUUGGGUGUACGUUUAGAAGAUAAAGAUGGUGGUAAAUUUGCAGUAAAACUGGUGGAUCGUGAAACUUUGCUAAAGGAAAGGGAGAGUAAAAAGGCAGCCGAAGCAGAACGUUUAGCGGAAAAGGAACGUAAGAAGCAGGCGGCAGCUGAAGCGGCUGCAGCUAAGGAAGCACAACGUAAAGUUAAUCCCAAGGAAAUGUUUUUAAAAGAAACCGACAAGUAUUCGCAAUUUGAUGAAAAUGGCCUACCCACUCACGACAAAGAAGGCAAGGAGGUUAGCAAGGGUCAACUGAAAAAAUUACAAAAAUUGCAGGCUCAACAGGAACAGCGUUAUAAGGAAUACUUAGCCUCAGUAAAUGGAGCUUAAUUGAAAUGUGGUUCAUUGUAUAUUCUCUCUACUCCCAAUAAAACAUAACAGAAAUUCUUUUCAAA